CUUAGCUGUCCCUUUCUCCUCCAUUUUCAUCAUCGUCAUCUAUAUAAACAAGUUGCAAAGCCUCUCGGCCCGUUAAAAAACCACACAUCCUUCGACAUGGGAGCCACUACACUAACCCAUGUGACCAAAACCCCUAAAAACAAUAUUAAUAAUAAUAAGAAAAAUAUUCAUCUCCACCAUGAGCAUGAACAUGGACCGGUGGUCGACGAAGUCGAAGGUGUUCUUAGGGUUUACAAAGACGGCCACGUGGAACGAUCAUCGAUCGUUCCCCGUGUCGGACCCUCAUUGGCUCCCGAUAUCGGCGUCGCUUGCUCCGACGUCCUCAUCGACAAGUUCACGAGCGUUUGGGCUCGCUUCUACGUCCCCAAGGCGCCAUCAAUGGCCUCUUCCAGUAAGCUCCUUCUUCCUCUUCUCGUCUACUUCCAUGGCGGAGGCUUCUGUGUCGGCUCGGCUUCUUGGUCGUGUUACCACGACUUCCUGUCCAGACUCUCGUCUCGUUCGCAGUGUCUGAUCAUGUCGGUAAAUUACCGAUUAGCCCCUGAAAACCCUCUUCCCGCCGCCUAUGACGACGGCAUCAAGGCUGUCCUGUGGCUCAAGCAACAUGCAAACCCUAAUUACAGAGACAUACGACGGCGGAGGAGCUGUAACUUGUGGGCCAAGCAAUGCGAUUUCGGGAGAAUAUUCUUGGCCGGAGACAGCGCCGGCGGCAACAUCGCCCACCGUGUCGCCACCACUUUGGAUCGCAGCCUCCUAAGGCCGUUGACCAUCGAAGGCACGAUCUUGAUCCAACCCUUCUUCGGCGGGGAGGAGCGCGUGGAGAGCGAGAGGCGCGUGACGUCAACGUCAUCGAUCCUCAGCUUGUCCGCGUCUGACGCUUACUGGCGGCUGGCGUUGCCACGUGGCACAAACAGGGACCAUCCCUUCUGCAACCCGUUGACCGCCGCGUCUCCGGCGCCGGCGACGGCGGAGAGGAUGAUGGUGUGCGUGGCGGAGAUGGAUAUCUUGAGGGACAGAGAGAUGGAGUUUUGUGAUGACGUGGCGGAGAAAUAUGGCGGGCAGAAGGUGAAGCGCGUGAUUUACAGAGGCGUCGGACACGCGUUUCAGAUUCUGGGCAGAUCUCAGAUCUCUCAGACACGAACUCACGAGUUGAUGUCUCAUAUCCACUCUUUUAUCCACCACUCUGAUCUAAUUAUAUUUUAAUUUUUUUUAAAAAAAUAAGAUCCUCUGUUUAGUUAAUUUAUGAUUUAGCUACCACAUA